GUGGGCAGUCCCCAGAGUUUAGCCACUGCAUGUGCGCCUUCCCGCGGGGGCUGGGACUAGGUUCCGGAUUCCACUGUCAGGAGGCCAGGAGGGAAGACCGUCGGGGACAAAAUCGUAGGUUCCACAAAUGACAAGGUCUUCGAUCGCUUCCAGAGCCAGCGGCAGAGACUUGGGGUCCUGGGCGCGUUUUCCAACGGCCUGCCAGUUCCCGGCCUCGCGGCGCAGCCGCUCCCCGCGUUCGGAGCGGAUCACCCGCCACUGUGUCGCGAGGGCGAAGGCGGCGCUGGAAGCCGCCAGCCUGUCCAUUUUUCUUGAAGGCAAGAAGUCUCCCCCUCGAUCUCCCCUCCGUUCCCUCUCCCCACCUAAAAACCCACCUGCAGCAGCCAUAUCAUUUGAGGGCAAGUGGACAAUGAGACCAGAGAAGCCACGCGGGCGCCAUGUUUGAUAUAAUCGAGAGAUGGCGCCCUUAAGAGCAGUCAGUGACAACUGAAGCCAGGAUGUCGCCAUAUUUUCUGAAGGCACCUUCCGGGUCUCUCAACCCGGGUGUCCAUGGCCAAGCUGCCAAGAAGCGAAUAAACGCCGAGGGGGUUGGUUUCUCCUCAUCAGAAUCCCUGAACCUCUAGCAACCAGUCCCUGCUACCUCGGUCCCCUCGGCUGCGUUCGGAUGCCAAGGCUGGGAGGGGCUGCGGCCGGGGAGCCCUUACUGCGGACGACGAAAGCUGAGCCCGGGGCGGGGAGGCGGUGGCCCCGGGGACAGGCAGCCUCUGCUCGGGGUUGGGAGGCCCCAUGGCGCCGCCCCCAGCCCCGCUUCUGGCACUGACAGCCGGGGAGACCCGACCUGCUUGCAAAAAGCCCGGGGACGUGAGCUUCGCGGAGGUGGCCGUGUACUUCUCCUUGGAUGAGUGGGGAUACCUGUGGCCAGCGCAGAGGGCUCUGUACCGGGACGUGAUGCGGGAGACCUACGGCCACUUUGGCGAGCUUGGAUUCCCAGGCCCCAAACCAGCCCUCAUCUCUUGGAUGGAACAGGAGAGUGAGGCUUGGAGCCCCGCCGCCCAGGAUCCUGAGGAGGGGGAAAGCGUGGGAGGAGCUGUGAGAGGAGUUGACCCAAACAAAAAGGAAGAGGAACCUGAAGAAGGACCAGGAGCCAAGGGACCCAGAAAGACUCCUGGGAUGGAGAAGCCUGAAGGGCUGGUUAAACGCAACCCUGACUCAGCCAUCAAGACUUCGGCAAGAGCACAGCCACUCACAAAAGCUGCCUGGGACCAGAACAUGGGUGCGCGGCCCCAGGUCCCGGUGCCCAGCGUGGACGCUCAGGCCAGCCAGCGGCGCCACGUGUGUGCAGACUGUGGCCGCCGCUUCACCUACCCAUCGCUGCUGAUUAGCCACCGGCGCAUGCACUCGGGGGAGCGACCCUUCCCCUGUCCUGAGUGUGGCAUGCGCUUCAAGAGGAAGUUUGCAGUGGAAGCGCACCAGUGGAUCCACCGCUCCUGCUCUGGGGGGCGGCGGGGUCGGAGGCCUGGGAUCCGGGCUGUACCUCGGGCCCCAGUCAGGGGUGACCGGGACCCACCCGUGCUGUUCCGGCACUACCCGGACAUAUUUGAGGAGUGUGGGUGGCGUGGUGGGGUGCCUGCUGCCGCACUGGUAGCCAUCGCGGCCAUUUGGGCAGCCGAGCAACCCGGAGACCCUGAGGUGGAGUCAUCUGGGCACAACUGCGUAGGAGCCAAGUUCGCUGGCGGGGCAGGCGCUCUCGACCACGCGAGGCCCCGCGAAGCCAGGCGCGGCUUUGGCCUGUCGCCGGGGCUGGCGCUUCCCAUGGCGCCGCCUCCGGCUCCGCUGCCCGCGCGGGGACCAGAGGGGGCCGCCCUCGUGGGGCGCAGACCCGAGCCCGUGAGCUUCGCGGAGGUGGCCGUGUACUUCUCCCCGGAGGAGUGGGGCUGUCUGCGGCCGGCGCAGAGGGCUCUGUACCGGGACGUGAUGCGGGAGACCUACGGCCACCUGGGCGCGCUCGGAUUCCGAGGCACCAAGCCCGCCCUCAUCUCCUGGGUGGAAGAAGAGGCUGAACUGUGGGGUCCAGAUGCCCGAGAUCCGGAGAUAGAAGAGUGUAUGACAGAGGCAGACACAGCAGAUUCCAGAAACAAGGAGGACAAAGGACAAGGAGAAGGGGCCGAAGCACUGGGGAAGAUCCUUUCUAUGGACACAUGGCCUCCUGAGCUGAAGGCUCUCAAAUCCCCUUCUGCUGGGCUCCCUUACAGUUUGGGACAGCCGUACAAAGUGCCACGCCGGGGUCGCCCCCCACUCUGUGCCCAUCCCCCUGUCCCCAGGGCAGACCAGCGUCACGGUUGCUACAUGUGUGGGAAGAGUUUUGCCUGGCGCUCCACCUUGGUGGAGCAUCUGUACACCCACACGGGCGAGAAGCCCUUCUGUUGCCCUGACUGUGGCAAGGGCUUCAGCCAGGCCUCUUCUCUGAGCAAGCAUCGGGCCAUCCACCGUGGAGAGCGGCCCCACCGCUGCCUGAACUGUGGCCGGGCUUUCACCCAGCGCUCUGCCCUCACCACCCACCUACGGGUCCACACGGGUGAGAAGCCCUAUCGCUGUGCUGACUGUGGUCGUUGCUUCAGCCAGAGCUCUGCCCUCUACCAGCACCAGCGGGUCCACAGUGGCGAGACCCCCUUCCCCUGCCCGGACUGUGGCCGUGCCUUUGCUCAUGCCUCAGAUCUUCGGCGCCAUGUGCGUACCCAUACAGGCGAGAAGCCCUACCCAUGCCCAGACUGUGGGCGCUGCUUCCGACAGAGCUCCGAAAUGGCAGCCCACCGGCGUACCCACAGUGGGGAGCGCCCCUACCCCUGUCCUCAGUGUGGCAGGUGUUUCAGCCAGAAGUCAGCCAUGGCCAAGCACCAGUGGGUCCAUAGGCCUGGUGCCAAAGGUCGCAAGGGCUGGGGUGCCAGUGGGUUGCCCGUGCCCCUGUCCUCUGGCCAAGGGGACUUCGACCCACCUGUGGGCUUCCAGCACUACCCAGAGAUAUUCCAAGAGUGUGGGUGAUGGCCUCAAAAGUGAAAAGACAAAGGGUGAAGAUCUAGACGUUGCCUGAGGCCCAAGUUGGGCUCAGUCCUGAACCUCAGUGGUGGUUCCAGUGGGCUUACAGAAUUCCUUGUGCAAGAGUUGGACCUUGGGGGUGAAAACCAUCUUAUGUUAGGCCCUCACUAGCUUGAUCUGCUGACACUGCCCUCUGUACUGUCCCAGACCCUGGAAGUCCCCUUUGCUGAGUUAGGGUUGAGGUAAUAACCCCGAGGAGACCUCAGCUGUGGGGAAGAAAAGGCUGUUUCUCAGAUGUGUUAAGAGGAUUGAGGUAGAGGAGAACCUUGUUUUACCCAUUGUCGUUUUACUGCAUAAGUUAAUAACUGAUGGCCAUGUAUUUUUAUUUAUUAGCCUAGCAAGCAUUUUAAAAUGUUACAAAUUAUUGGUUAAGAUUUCACACAAAAGUCCAGGUUUCUGGCUUCCCUUGAAAAAUCCAAAGAUUUGGCAGCUCGACCUAAGCUCUCACAAAACCACAGUUGGAAGCCGGGGACAACCUUCCCCUUCGAAUGGAGCCAGAGUUUGUGCCCUCUAGUUCGGGAUGCCCUCCACUCCUCGUUAACUCCUGACCAGCAUCAGCUGGCACCCAUGUCUCUGGCAAAGCAGGCCUUCUCCAUCUGUAUUUUCCACUUGUUUAUGUGAUCUGUUGGACUUCUGUGGCCAUUGGAGUUUGCAAACCAUGGGCUAUGGCAUUCAAGUUUUCCUGAAUCAGUGAUUCAGGAAGACAGCAUAUAUGUGAAAAGGUGGCAGGAGAGAAGUAAAAGCAGGCUUUAUUUCACCUUGCUUACAUUGCAUUUUGUGGUUUCCAAAGUACUGUCUUGUCUAUCAACUUAUUUUACCCUCUUAACUGCCUGAGGAAGGGAGCGUCUUGCUUGGCAAACACAGCCCAGUCAGGACUGAAUCUUUUGCCCUGAACCAGUGGCAUUUCCGCCGCACCACAGCACCGCUUUCAGCUGCUCGAUAGUUCUGGUUUGGAAGGGGAAGGCCCUGAGAGCACCCUCCAGUCUUCGGACCUCCCUGGGAGAGCACUGCGGCUCAGGCCUUAGUGCUCUAGACCCAGCCCGGAAGAGAUCUGAGCUCCAUCCUUCUGCAGUUGGGAACACUGAGACUGGGUAAGGCUAAGCAACCUGUUCCAGAUGGCUGGGUUCUUGGUUUACUGCUGUCUUUACCAAAACAUUCCUGAAUUUCUUGCCAGUGUCUCAGCCAGGGUUUGGAGGUAUCUGCUCACUACCUUUGAGGGGACCCAGGUACUGACCUGGACUUGGGACAGACCAGUACAAAGUGAGUGACAAAAUGACCACAUAGCAGAUCAAGGCAAGGGAGAAACCAGCCUAAGAUGAGAGUUCAGGGCAAACAAAAGCAAAGCUUGAUCUUCACUCACUUUUGGUACCUACCAUUAUGAACCAAGGGGAACUAGGCCAGGAACACUUGGGGUUAGCAGCCAGAGGGAACUGUACCUAUAUUCCCGAGCUCUGCCAGAAUCUCUCCCCUACCACCGUGUGACUCCAUUAUCCACCUAUUACUAAUUCCUUUGUGGUCAGAGCCCAGCCUUAUCCAGGUGAUGGAAGCAGCCAGCCACAGGCAGACCCUGUCCUGCCUCUGGUCAAGAUGACCCUUUACCUCAAAGAAUAGCAGGAGUUAUGUCCUCUGCCGGCUUGUGUGUAAUUGCCUUCUUUACCCAAGUCAACCACAUGUCUGGCCUACCUUAGGCAGGAAGAAACCAGAUUUGUCAACCUGGAGAAACUUGUAAAAAAAUGUAGAAGAUUUGAGGAAAACAUACUGGUCAUGUGAAGAAUGAACUGACUUGAUUCCAACCUAAUCUUCAAAUCUGAGCUCACCAAGACUUCCUUUCCCCUAAGCUUUUCUGGGAGGAUUGGCUUGUGUACCACCUUGUCAUAAAUGGGACAUCUCGUGAGAAGAAGUACCUUGGCAGUAGGAGCUAACUCUGUACCAGGUUUUGUUUCCGUAGAGAAGCCAGCGUACAACCCAUCUCCACUAACCUUCAGCACUGCCUGGGGAAAGCCCAGCUUGCAAUAUCAGUUCUCAGCUCAAACUCUGGACCUUGGCCUCAGCUUGCCAAUUAAAGGUAUCAUAAUUACUACUUUCUCUGAGUGCUCUGAAGUUUGCAAGGCUUGCUCAGGGCCCAAACACGAGACCUAACUCUUCUUCCUGUGUUUGUGACCUAACUUUCUACCAUUAAAUUAAUUAUUGAGUGUCAUGAAA